AUGGGACUGCAGAAAUCGCCUGCUCGGACGAAAGCUAAGCCCGACGCCUCGCCAAAACCGCCGGGAUCCGGCAAGCAGACAGGACCGAAAGGCUCCGGCAACGGCUUCUCCCGCACGUUCGGCGCCUACUUCCCGCGCUCCUCCGCGCAGGUCCAGCCGCGGCCGCCGGACGUCUCCGAACUCAUCCGGUUGGUCGAGGAUCUGCGCGAGAGCGAGUCACGCCUCAAGACAGAGCUCCUCGAGCACAAGCUGCUGAAGGAGUCCGUCGCGAUCCUGCCGAUGCUGGAGAGCGAGAUUUCGAGCAAGGAUUGUGAAAUUGAGCGGUUUAGGAAGAAGAUCGAGUGCCUGGAGGUGGAGAAUGAGCUGCUGAGGAAUGAGAACGAGUUUCUGCACAUGGAAUUGACCAACCAGAAUCAGAAAUACGAAGAGAAGAUCAAAUACAUGCAGGCGGAAUUGUGCGAGAUUAAACGAGCGGUUGCCGAGCACGAGGAAACGACGCCGUCUUCUUCUUCGUCUUCUCCGCCGAAGCUCGCUGAUGUCACCAAUAAUUACCACAAAUCCAAUUUCUCGGCCAAGGUUUUGCGAAAAUGCGUCACGCAGAGUAACAUUGCCUCGAAUUUCUGCGAUUCCGUUGCGAGCCUGAAGAAGGAUGACCUUGGAGGUACGGGGGAGAACGCCGAGCGGCCUCGGAGUUCCCGCUUCGAUUCCGAGGAGAUUCCCGGAACUUCUGAAGCGAUGAUCGCGAUUCGAUCCCGCGCGCCGCGGGUUCCGAAGCCGCCGCCGCUGCCGUCGUCGUCUCAGUGUUCACCCGCCUCUCUUUCUGAUUCAGCUGACCGCGCAUUGGCGGAGAUUUCCAAUAUUCCGCCACCGCCUCCGGCGAAAUCCAAGGUGGCUGCGCCUCCUACUCCGCCACCACCUCCGAAGGGGGUUACUGCUAUGCCUCCUCCUCCGCCACAGCCUCCGGCGAAAUCCAAGGUGGCUGCGCCGCCUGCUCCUCCUCCACCACCUCCGAAGGGGGGUAAAUCGAAGGCAGCGUUGGCGAAG